AGAGCCACAGGUUUGCUGAGUAAAGUGCUUCCACAGUCCCCUGCUGCUACUGAAGACGCCGUGCAGAGAGGAGUUGUGGGGACAAUGCGGAGGCUACUGAAAGUAAUGCCAAGCAUCAUUUAUAGCUUUUUUUCUUUAUCUGUCUUUCUUUUGGAUGAUCACUGCCCGAUUCACAAGGCCUUCUUCCCUGUCUACGGCAACCCACAGCUUCUUGAUAAAAUAAUAAUAAUGUGUUGUACGGACUGACAUAAAGGAUUCUGUAUACUGUAUAUGAUGUGACAGAAAUGUUUUUAUCUUGCCGUGCAGGGAUCAGGGAUGACCACCACUAAAUAUUUGAUCAAGACCCUCACAGUGUGCACGGCUAUCAGUCAAACGGCUCAGGAGGAAUGGGUGAAAUGUGAUAAAAGUAAGAUACACGUAUGAUGGAUUGGUCUUGGUUUUUGAACUAGAGUGUUAUGUAAAAGAUUCUAAAUAACAAAAACAGAUAUUGUAUUAUAAGGUGUGUGCGUGUGUGCGUGCGUGUGUGUUGCUUUGUGUGUGUGUGUGUAUGUGAUUACAUUGGGCAACUUUUAUUUUGUCCUACUCAUCAGGACUUUACACCCUGAGGAGGCUCCUGGGCCCCAGCAGUGAGGAGGCAGUGGCAGGGAACGCUGCCCUGUGCCUGGGCCACUGCCUGGGGGUGCAGGGGGCAGCCAGCAGCCUCCUGGGCACCGACACUGUCCUGCUCCUUCUCCGCCACGCUGCGGGCGAUGCCAAGAGA